UUACCUUUGUCUUUCGGUUCCCCUUUUGUGUUUUCUCUUUUCUUUGUCUACUCAAUUCUUGAAUUUUACAUCACUUUUUUUCUCGAGUCUUGAGUAUUUUUGAGGUGUCAAGGUAAAGUUCACUUUGGGGGUUCUUGAACUUUGUGAAUUUCCAAUCAUUUUCAUCAAUUCUUGAUCAUACUUAGGUUGUUCUAGUGAGGAAUUUUUGUGGGUUUGGCUCUAAUUUCCGUUUAAAGUUUCGAUUUUUUAUCUUGGGUUGUUUCCAUUUUGUAUGUGUAAUUUGGGGUUUCGAUCAUCUGUGGAGGAAAAUCUUGAAUGAUUCAUCUUUGUUUGAUCAUUUAGCUGUUUGGGUUUUGGGUUAUAUCUUGUUAUCUGUUCAAAAAUCAGUUUUUUUUUGGUUUGAAUUUCAAGAUUUCUGGAUUGUUUCAUGUAAAAUUCAAGAAAUGCCAGCUACAGAUUAUCAAGGGGUAACUGCAUCUUUCUCAACCUUUGGGAGGUCUAUUCUGAGUUUACGUCGCGAUCAACAAGUACAUUUUAUGGAAUCUGGUGGUCAUGAGGGAACUAGCCAAGAGCUUGAGCUUGAAGCUUUUCAAAAGGAAGUAGCUGAACAUUUCAAUGAUUUGGCAUCAGCUGACUCUGAUCAGCUUCUUUCAAUUCCUUGGAUUCACAAACUAUUGGAUGUGUUCCUUUCUUGCCAGGAACAGUUUAAGUCCAUUGUGUCAAAGAAUAAGGGGUUGUUGAAUAAAUCCCCUGCUGACCGUUACGUAAUGGAAUAUUUCGAAAGGAGUGUGAAAGCUUUAGAUGUGUGUAAUGCGAUACGAGAUGGGAUUGAGUUGAUCAGGCAAUGGCAGAAGCAGUUGGAGAUUGUUUAUUAUGCAUUGGAUAACCAGAGGAGUAUUGGGGAAGGUCAAAUUCGUCGUUCCAUGAAAGCUUUGAUUGAUUUGGCAAUUGGAAUGCUUGAUGAAAAAGAGUCUAAUACGAGUGUUGCUCAUAGAAACAGAUCAUUUGGACGAAACAAUGCUCAAAAGGAUCAUAGUUCGUUGAGUCAAUUUCGAUCAUUGUCAUGGAGUGUAUCGCGGAAUUGGUCUGCUGCUAAGCAACUUCAAGCAAUUGGGCAAAACUUAGUUGCUCCCAAAACUAAUGAAAUUAUUGCCACCAAUGGAUUAGCUGUAGCUGUUUUUACAAUGAGUUAUGUGCUUUACUUUGUAAUGUGGACGCUUGUGGCUGCAAUUCCCUGCCAAGACCGUGGCCUUCAGACACAUUUUCAUGUUACUAGGCAAUUCAUUUGGGCUGCUCCAGUUCUCUCCCUCCAUGAGAGGAUUUUGGAGGAGUCAAGAAAGAGGGAGCGUAGAAAUGCUUGUGGAUUGUUGAGGGAGAUUAAUAAGAUUGAGAAAUGUGCGCGCCACAUGAAUGAAUUGACCGAUACCAUUCACUUCCCCCUUUCAGAGGAAAAGGAAGGGGAAGUUAAGCAAAGAGUUCAGGAGCUUGGACUAGUCUACUCUGGUCUAAAAGAUGGAUUAGGCCCUUUGGAGCGUCAGGUAAGAGAAGUGUUUCACAGAAUUGUUCGAAGCAGGACUGAAGGGCUCGACUCUAUUGGAUGAGGAAUUCAUCAGUGCUAUAGGUCUGUUCUCUUUACAUUCCAUAGCCUGCUGGUCACAAACUACUUUCUCUUGUUCCAUGGGAUAACAGUUUGAUUUUUGGUUCUCAUUUUCUCCUAGCUCGGAAGUCGGAAAAUACCCUUUCUGGAAUCUCAGGAUCUUGAUCAUGGAUUAUGGAAUAGUGUUCUUUUUCUCUGUUGGGCAGUCUUGGUGUAACCGGUAAAGUUGUUGCCAUUUAAUCAAGAGGUCAUGAAUUCAAGCCGUGGAAACAUUCUAUUGCAGAAAUACAGGGUAAGGCGGCGGAGAAGAGACCUUCUAGUCAGGAUCCCUUCGCCGGAUCCCGUGCAUAUCGGAAGCUUAGUGCACCGCGCUUCUCAGACAGGAGUGAUGGCUUUGUCAUUGACCGUCUUCAUGGUCAAUAACAGAACUUUGUUAAUGACUUAUUAAAAGGUUUUCUUGACCAAUGACUAUCAAAGAAGUUCCUGUUUUCUACUUGAAGUUUUCUGAUCUUUCAGUUUAGUAUUAAACAAUUCUCAUCAUGUGAUCUGUAAGGAGGUUGUGGUCUCAAGAUUUUGGUCAAAGUUGUGGCUUUCUUGUUGACCGAGUCAAAGGUUUCGAUAAUGGUAGCCACAAAGUUAAUUCUAGUCAAAGAAAA